AUGAGCCUAACACCAGCUGUAGACCCUGCAGACCAGAAAGUCCUGGCAUAUGUAUCAGAUUGCAGCACUGCAGACUACGAGCAUGCAAUUGAUGCAGCGCACGCGGCUUUCACUUCCUACAAGCGUCUCACACCUUCAGCUCGGGGCAAGCUUCUCAGGAAUUGGGCACAAGGUGUGCGUGAGUCAACUCAAGACUUGGCUGCCAUCUGCACCUUAGAGCUUGGUAAGCCGUUUACAGAGUCAGUCAAAUCUCUCACCUACGCUGCCAAUUGUCUCGACUGGUUCUCCAACCUCGCCGAGCAAGGAUGUGGCGGCGAGACGAUACCCAACUCUGGGAAUGGUGGCCAGAACAGAAUCUGGACGAUUCGCCAACCUGUCGGUGUUGUCUGCGCCAUCACGCCUUGGAACUCUCCCUAUUCCGGUGUCCUCAAGAAGAUUGCACCGGCUCUAGCGGUAGACUGUACAAUCGUCCACAAACCUACCCCAGAGACACCCCUCUGCGCCAUUGCUCUCAGCAAAUUGUGUCAGAGAGCAGGCUUUCCGCCGGGCGUUUAUAACAUGUUGACAAGUUCGUCAGACAGUGCAGCUACGGUUGGCUCGCUCUUCUACUCGCAUCCGCUGGUUCGUCAUGUUACAUUUACCGGUUCAACUGUUGUGGGCAGAUAUCUAGGCGAAAGAUGCGGCGCAAACCUGAAGAAAAUCACUAUGGAGCUGGGCGGCAACGCAGCAUUUGUUGUAUUUGAAGAUGCGGACCUAAAUCUUGCAUUGAAAGAGCUGCUCGCUUGCAAGUUUAACUCUGCUGGACAGGCGAAGGUAGGAGCACACAAAAUUAGACUGCUGCCAGGCGACGCACUGGCAAACGGUGCUACUUUACUUACACCCGACACGUACCAAGAGGGUUCAACCUACUAUCCUCCCAGUGUGCUGUCAGGUGUAAACUCAACGAUGCAGGUCAGCUGCGAAGAGAUUUUUGGUCCCUUGGUGGCUAUCUCAACUUUUGACACAGAAGAAGAGGCCAUUUCCCUGGCCAAUGCUGUUAGAACUGGCUUGGCAGGUUAUGUUUUCACGGGAAAUAUAUCUCGCCUUCUCAGAGUGGCUGAAGCAUUGCAAGCCGGCAUGAUAGGCGCUCAAACUGGGUCAAUCAGUGCUAUUGAGCAACCGUUUGGGGGCGUUAUGGACAGUGGUCUAGGAAGAGAAGGAUCUAUCCAUGCAAUGGAGGAAUACACAGAUAUUAAGGCUAUUACAUUAGCAUUGUAA